UCUUUCUACGUUUUUCUCGGCAGCCAAUCAAAGUAGGUGACAGAAAGUCAAUUAACAACUGGACCUAACUUAUCUACAAUUGUCUAUUUUGACCAAUAAAAAAACGCUAACAGAAUUUGUGAAGUCUUUUAAGCCUCUUUCUUUUACAUGAAAACUGAUAUGAAACGUCUCUGACUUAAAUAGCAUUAAUUUAUAAUCAGAAAUCAGACUAAAUGUGUUCGUUUUCUUGACUCUGAUUCAUCUCUUAUACUCAUUUUCAUGUAGAUGUGACCAAGAUUUGCUGAAACAAAUUCACUUUUCAGCUUCGAUAUAGUUUAACCAGUUAGCUGCAUCACUUUUUCACUGAGAAAAUGAGUGACAAGAUGAAUCUCUGGUGUGUUUUCUCUGCAAUUGUCUUGUUGGGAACAUGUUUCUUGCCUAUUAUAGCCGACCCAGUUGGAGAUAAACAAGCAUUACUGGAAUUUCUUGAUAAUAUUCAUCAUCCACACUCUCUCAAUUGGCAUGAAAACAGCUCAGUGUGCAGUUUAUGGACUGGAGUGACAUGUAAUAAAGAUAAUUCUAGAGUUAUAGCCCUCAGGUUGCCGGGAAUUGGAUUGCGAGGUUCUGUCCCAUCCAACACCAUUAGCCGAUUAUCUGCACUACAAAAUCUGAGUCUGAGAUCCAAUAGUAUCUCAGGUUCAUUCCCUUCUGAUUUCUCAAAACUCCAAAAUUUGUCCACUCUCUACCUCCAAUUCAACAACUUCUCCGGUCCAUUGCCUUCAGAUUUCUCAGUUUGGAAGAGUCUUACAGUUACUGAUCUUUCAAACAAUUAUUUCAAUGGGAAUAUCCCUUCUUCACUCUCAAAUUUGACUCGCCUCACAUUCCUGAAUCUUGCUAACAACUCGCUUUCGGGUGACAUUCCUGAUCUCAACAUUCCCAGUUUGCAACAGCUAAAUCUAUCCAACAACAACCUCACUGGAAGUGUGCCUCCCUCUCUUCAAAGAUUUCCAAGUGGGGCAUUUGUUGGUAACCAUGUUUCCCCAGAAAUUGCCCUUCCUCCAGCUCCUCCAAUUCAACCACCAAAUGAACAACCAACAAGGAGAAAAAGCACAAAAUUGAGUGAACAUGCAUUGUUGGCAUUAAUUAUAGGGGGUUGUGCAUUGGGGUUUGUGGUAGUUGUUCUUUUGAUUUUCUAUUGCUAUUCUGACAAAGGAGGUGAAGAUGGGUUGCCAGUGAAAUCACAAAAGAAAGAGAAGUCACUGAAGGCCGGGGCCUCUGAGAGCCAAGAUAAGAACGGCAGUCUUGUGUUCUUUGAAGGUUGUAAUCUCGUCUUUGAUUUGGAGGAUUUGCUGAGAGCCUCUGCUGAGGUGCUUGGAAAGGGAACAUUUGGGAUAACCUAUAAAGCGGCAUUGGAGGAUGCAACCACAGUGGUGGUGAAGAGGCUGAAGGAAGUGAAUGUGGGAAAAAGGGAGUUUGAACAACAAAUGGAGGUGGUGGGGAAUCUAAAGCAUGAGAAUGUGACUGCAUUAAGAGCAUAUUACUAUUCCAAGGAUGAGAAGCUUAUGGUUUAUGAUUAUUAUGGUCAGGGAAGUGUCUCGGCAAUGUUACAUGGUAGAAGAGGGGAGGGAAAGACGUCUUUAGAUUGGAAGACACGAGUGAGAAUCGCAAUUGGUGCAGCAAGAGGUAUAGCUCAUGUUCAUACACAAAAUGGUGGGAAAUUUGUCCAUGGAGACAUAAAAGCCUCAAAUAUUUUCCUCAACCCUCAAGGAUAUGGUUGUGUUUCUGAUAUCGGUAUGGCAACACUGAUGAGUCCAAUGCCACCACCAGUUAUGCGAGCUGCUGGGUACCGUGCCCCAGAAGUAACAGACAGUCGGAAAGCAACCCAAGCGUCUGAUGUUUACAGUUUCGGGGUCUUGCUGCUCGAGCUUCUCACAGGAAAGUCACCUAUACAUGCCACCGGUGGUGAUGAGGUUAUUCACUUGGUAAGGUGGGUAAAUUCUGUGGUUAGAGAAGAGUGGACUGCAGAAGUGUUUGAUGUAGCACUUUUGAGGUACCCCAAUAUAGAGGAGGAAAUGGUGGAGAUGUUACAAAUAGGAAUGGCUUGUGUUGUGAGAAUGCCAGAGCAGAGGCCAAAAAUGCCAGAGGUUGUAAAAAUGGUGGAGGAAAUCCAGCGAGGGAGUACCGAAAACCAGCCACCACCGGCAAAUAAGUCAGAAACCUCAAGUCCAACACCACAACCAACAACCGAAAUUGGUUCUUCCUCUGCUGCACAUUGAAAUUCUUUUUUGGUUGGUAGUAAGCUUUAGCUAAUAGGUAUUAGUGAUCAUGACAGAAUACUCUUUUUUUUUUUUUUUUUAAUAAUUAUUCUCUAUUUCAAUUCAUGCUGAAUUGAAAAGAAGGAUUUUAGAUUUCUUAGUUGUUUGUGUAUUUUAUGUUUCUGUAGCAAGUUGGGUGCUAAGAUUAGUUUAGCUACCUUAACCUGAUCCAUCUAAGUCAAAGCCAAGUUAGGUUUUUGUCGAUUUGCAUUAUUUAGUAAUGAGUCAUGAGUUUUUGUUAUGCAUGUGGAAUCAAAUGACCUUGCUCAAUGAU